AUGGAGCAACACCUCCUGUGCGACCUACCUCUUGUUUCGCUGUGGCGCAUUUGCGCCCAGUGCCCCCACAAGGCCAGCUUUAAGAGCAGCUUCAAGCCGCGCACCUGGCUCAUCGCCCUCUUCGCCAAGCCGGCCAAAACACCUGCGAACCCCCCAUCGCACAUCAUGGCUCGACGCAGGUACAGGCUCCUCACCCUCGCCGCCGUCGUUCUAGUCUUCAUGCUCUACCACGUCGCGCAAAAUGCAUGGGACACGACGGCGCACCCCUUUUCUGAUACACGCGCACCGCCGUCGUCGCCGCCGCCCAAGACGGCCGUCCACCCGGAGCUCGACCUCGGCCUCGAUACGACCGCGUCCCAGCAGCAAGCCGCCGGUGCCAGGGCGCCCCCCCAGGUUCCCCUCGAAAAGCCUAACGUCGACGCCCAGAAGCGUCCCGAUGCCGCAUCCAACAAGGAGGAGGAGUCGCCGCAAAGAGUAAGGGUGCUGACCCCGGUGGAGGGUCCCACUUCCAACGGCGCCGCGGCCGCCAGUGCUGCGAAACGUCCCGACGCCGCACCCGAGAAGGAGAAGUCGUCGUCGUCGUCGUCGCAAAAAGUCAAGGUGUUGACCCCGGUCGAGAGUCCCACUUACAACACCGCUGCGGACGCCAAUCCUGCGACAACGUCAAAAGAACUCGCGGCAGACCCCGCCAACAAAGCUCCGCCCGUCACCAGCGUGAAGCCGGCCGCGGCGUCGACCAGCUCAAAGACGAAAACGCACUGGACGUCGUUGCCGCAGGACUAUCCCGUCCCGACCGAGUCCAUGGCCGCGCUUCCCACGGGCAAGCCCAAGGCCAUUCCCACGAUCCAGCACGCCUUUACACCCGAGUCCGCCGCCGACAAGACGAAGCGUGAGGCGCGCCGAGCCAAGGUCAAGGCGGCCAUUUCCAAAUCCUGGAACUCGUACCGCAAGAAUGCGUGGAUGCACGACGAGCUGCGGCCCAUUUCCGGCGCCUUCAAGGAUCCGUUUUGCGGCUGGGCCGCCACGCUGGUCGACUCGCUCGACACGCUUUGGAUUGCCGGCCUCCGUGAGGAAUUCGACGAUGCCGUCCAAUACGGCGUCGCCAACAUUGACUUUACCUUUAGCGAGAAAUACGAAAUUCCCGUCUUUGAAACCACCAUUCGCUACCUCGGCGGCUUGCUCGCCGCGUUUGACGUCAGCGGCGGCCAUGAGGGAAAGUACCCGGUGCUCCUCGACAAGGCCGUCGAGCUCGCCGAGGUUCUCUACGGCGUAUUUGACACACCAAAUCGCAUGCCGGUGCUCUACUACCGCUGGCAGCCGAUGCACGUGGCGCAGAAGCACAAGGCGGCCACUGUGGGCAUUGCCGAGCUUGCGACGCUCUCCAUGGAGUUUACCCGCCUGGCGCAAUUAACAAAGGAAAAUAAGUAUUAUGAUGCUGUGGAUCGCAUCACAAACGCGCUCGUCGAGUUUCAGACCGAGGGCAAGGCCGCCAUUCCGGGUCUGUUCCCCGAAAACCUCGAUGCUAGCGGUGACAGUCUCGUCCCGUCGUCGUCGUACUCGCAGUCCUUUUCCAUGGGUGGAUCGCAAGACUCUGCCUACGAGUACUUUCCCAAGGAGUAUCUACUUCUUGGCGGUCUGGAGCCCAAGUACCAAAAGCUCCAUGAAGCCACGGUCAGCGCCGUCGACGAGUGGCUCAUGUACCGACCCAUGAUUAACGAGAGCGACUGGGAUAUCUACUUUUCCGCCAAGAUCCGGACGCAGGGUGAUCCGAGCCGCGACCUCGACGUCCAGUACGAGGCGUCCCAUCUGACAUGCUUCCUUGGCGGCAUGUACGGCCUCGGCGCGAAAAUCUUUGACCGCCCGCAGGACCUCGCGACGGCGAAGCGGCUGACGGACGGGUGCGUAUGGGCCUAUCACAAGACCCCCAGCGGCCUCAUGCCCGAGGCGUCGCUCCUCGUACCCUGCCCGUCGCUCGACAAGUGCCCGUUUGACAAGGCCGCGUGGUACGCGUCCCUGGACUCGAACAAGGAGUACCGCGAUCAACAGAUUAGCGAAUGGGAGCUGCAGUACGGCACCGUCGCCCAGUCCGGCGACAGCAGCGUCCCUGAGCGCCCGCAGAGCCACGAGGAGUACGUCGAGGACUACAUCACCUCCAUGAGGCUCCCAGCCGGCUUUUCCAGCGUCGUGUUUCGAAGCUACAUUCUCCGCCCGGAAGCCAUCGAGUCCGUGUGGUACAUGUACCGCAUCACGGGCGACCCGGCGUGGAUGGACAAGGGCUGGGCCAUGUUUGAAGCGACCAUGGCCGCGACGGACACGGACCUGGCCAACACGGCCGUCUCGGACGUCAUGGUGGAGAAGCCGCCGAUGGACGACGCCAUGGAGAGCUUCUGGAUCGCCGAGACGCUCAAGUACUACUACAUGCUCUACGCAGGGCCCGACGUGAUUAGCCUCGAUGAGUGGGUUCUCAACACGGAGGCGCAUCCGUUUCGACGUCCGACGUAA